GAGUACCCGACUGGAGGAUCAUUUUUUUCCGCGCUUCGUUAACUGUGGGAAUAUUCUUCAGACCAUUGUUUUCCAUGAACGAAAUUCUAUCGGAAAAUCGCGAUUUAGUCUGGCAGGAGAAAAACAAAAAUAAGAACACAUCUACACUCGAGAGGAUCUUCAGGACAUGCCAAUUGAUCACAAAAAAAUGAAAAAUAACUUUUUAAAUUCUUCUUAACAGGAAUAGGUGGGUAAUGCCAAAAGUGCCUGCAAUAUAUAUUGGCUUCGUUUUCAAUAUAGUAUUCUCAGACAGCAUUGUACUUUAACUCUAAGAAAAAAAUUAUUAAUUUACAUCAAAAUUACAAAGGAGUGUUUCCUUUGUGGUAGAGCCAGGACAAACGAAGCAUUUGCAAAGGCAGUAAUCAUGGAUUCAACACCGUUUGAAGCAGUCUCAUCGGAAACAGAACCAACUCUGCAAUCAGCAGAUGACAGCAGCUCCUCAUUCUCCAUCCAGAUGAUUAUAAACAUGAUUUUCCUCAUUCUCGGCAUCCCAGCCAACGUAUCGGCCAUAUUUUUCGUCUGGAGGAAAAGUGGAGGAUUCUUGUCACCUGUGAUGCCGUUCCUUAUCAACUUAGCCGUAGCUGAUCUGCUGGUGCUCGCAGUAUAUGUUCCAUUCUACAUGGCAUACGAGGCAUUUGAUUUUGUUUGGCCCUUCGGCAACUUCCUUUGCAAAACUGUCUUCUCGCUGACACACAUUUCCAUGUAUGCUUCGUUGGCGACUUUGACAGCCAUCGCUAUGGAGAGGUACCUCAUCACAUUCUCCGACCCAAUCAAGAAAAGAACGGUUAAGUAUCUCAUUAUCAUUAUUUGGGUUGCUGCUAUUUCUCUCUGCAUACCACAACUGAUCUACCUCAAGACCAUACAAAUUGAUACAUUUGAAGAUCUUGAAACUCAGGAUAUCUCGCCAGAUGAUGUUGGGCCAAAGGAAGAUAUUGAUAUAAAUGAAGACAAAUACAUUUGCGGUCUGGAAUGGCCGCAUUCAAAUGUAGAGAUAUUCCUCCAACCAAUUGACGCGGUCAUUUUGUAUUUGAUCCCGCUAUUUCUUAUUAGUGUUCUCUAUGCAAAAAUCAUCAGAAAGUUGAGCGCAAUUGACCGAGAAAAUUUUCCUUCUGCACGCUUAGCAGUUGAGAAGAAGCGUAGAUGCGCCGUUCGCAAAAUGGUCACCAUCAUUGCGAUCUUCGCUUUGUUUCACCUCCCAAUUCACGUGUUCCAUUUCAUCCGUGUUUUCUUUUACGAUUCCUGGGAAGUUCUUACUUCCAAGUUCACUUGGCUCUUCUCUCUCUGCGUCAAUCUUGUGCUGGUGACCCAUGUGAUUAAUCCGUUAGUGUACGGGUCGGUUCAUCACUGCUUUGGGUGCACAGGGCAAGUUUUCAAAUGCAUGCAUUGUCGAUGGCGCCUUAAGCCGGUGCGGAGAAGAAUCCUUUUUUCUUUGAUGCGUAGAAGCAACACACAACAGACCCCUCUUAGGCACAAACAAAGUUCUAGUUCUAUGGAUUUGAGAAACGACACUUUGACAAGUUCAUCGACAACAAAUGGAGACGUCUCCUCAACAGAGACGUUUAUAGACGAACUGCCAAUGCGGGUUCGUCUCUUUGCAUUCAUUUUCUAUUUGGCGCUCCUGGUGGUCGCUGUAAUUGUGGACACCGCUAUUUUAUUCGUAUUCUAUCGAGUAAAAGAAUUGCGAAAUGUUACCAACAACUUGCUAUGCAACAUGAUUGUGGCAGACUUACUAUUUGCGUUGCAAACCCCGCUGGAGGCGCUUGCCUUCAAGAAUGAUUUCUGGGACGCUGGAGACGGCUGGUGUAAAACUCACAGAUUUCUCCUUCAUGCAUUUUAUAACGUGGUGAUCAUAAGCCUGACAAUUGUCAGUAUUGAAAGAUACUACGCAAUAUGUAAGCCCAUACGGUUCAAAAAAUGUCUCGAUUUCAACGUCUGCAAUCGGAAGCUUAUACUCGGUGUUUGGGUUGCGGCAUGCCUCUUAGCUCUGCCGCAGGUCUAUAUUAGCUCAACCGAAUGGUCUUACCGACGAACGGUGUGCAUGGAGAGACGGCCAGAAGAUUACUUGGUAGUUUUUCUAGCGUACCAUGUACCAUUGUUUAUUUUCUUGUAUUUGAUACCUGUCGCGAUAAUGAUUUUCACGUAUGGACAAGUUUCAAAGAAGCUAUACGAUAUGGUGGAGAGAUUUCGUCAAAGAUCCCGUUUCGACAUUUGCAGUGCUGUCAAGAUGAGACGAAGCAUCAUUCGCAUGCUUCUUGUCGUGGUCAUUGUUUUCGUCGUUUGUUUAACACCUCUAACAUUUGCUGAACUAUUACACGUUACUCCAGUGAUGAAGCUUUACGACCCAUUUGGCAUUUUCUCUUUUUGCGUGGGUAUGUUAGCGUUUUCUCAUUCUCUGUUAAAUCCUAUAGUCUCGUCAUUCAUGAGCAAGGAAUUCAGGAAGGCUGCAAGACAAGCUUUUAGAUUUACGAAAGGACUAAGACUCGAUAUCUGUAUCAACCAUAAAGAGAAAGACAAUAAAUGCCAGCUAAAUGUAAUGAAGCAGAACGUCGAGGCUUAUGGAGUAGGCGGCGGAAAAACCUUCAGGUUGGACGAGAAAAACAACGAACCAGACAUAUCUCUAAGGAGAGACGGUUUUUCAAACAACGGAUUUGACUUUAGGCUCCACGACGAUAGUUUUGUCACAGAAACCACUGAGAUACCGCCGAAGGAAGCUGAAUAACACAUUUUAGAUUUUUAAAACUAAAUUCAAAUUGUCGAAACAGAGUUGUAUGUCUCCUUUGUUGCCUAAGUUCAAUUUCAAUAAACGGUAUUGCAUUUUUUGUGUGUGUUUACACAGGCGUAAUGUACUGAUUACUUUUUCAUCGCAACUGGACUCCAAUGUUAACUUUCUGCAAAAGUAACCGCUUCAUUGCAGCGCUUAUAUCGUGUCAUGUUUUAACAAGGCAUGAGUAUCAUGUAACCGCUCUAUGAGUGAGUCAUCCUUACCAUGUUAAUCAAACAAUAAGUCUCAGUAGUAUGCUAACUGAUCCAAAACGAAACUGGUUAUCUUUGGAAUAAAAUAUGCGCAUUCACCGUG